GUCCCGCCCCGGCCCCGCCGGCCCCGCCCCGGAGCGGAGAUGCGGGGCCCCCGGACCCGGCCCGCCGCGCGGAGGGAGCUCUCCGUUCCCCGGACCCUGUCCCCCCGCGGGAGCGGAGCCUGAGGGAGGCCGGAGCGCUGCCCGCCGUCCGACCGUCCGUCCGUCCGUGGGCCGAGAGCCAUGUCCCAGCUGGGCAGAGGUGUGCUGAUGCCGUUCCAGGACUCGGUGACCUUUGGGGACGUGGCCGUGGAUUUCUCUCCGGAGGAGUGGGCACGGCUGACCCUGGCUCAGAGGAGUCUGUACAGGACGGUGAUGCUGGAGAACUACAGGAACCUGGUGUCGCUGGGAGUUUCCAUCUCCGAGCCGGCGGUGAUCUCACUCCUGGAGCGAGGACGGGAGCCCUGGACGGCGGGGAGGGCCGGGCCAGGAGGCACGGGCUCCGAAGGGGAGCAUGCCUUUAAAAACAGUGAAUUUUCAUCAACGCAAGUCAUUCAUGAAGAAUCAUCCAAAGUAGCGACAACAGGAAGAAGCCAUCUUAGUUACAGCCUGGAUCACCCCAGUUUGAUAGAAGACCUUAAGAGUGGGGGGGACUGCUUUAACAACAAGUUGCAAAGCAAGGAGGCCCGUCUUAGUCAACCGAUCAUCACUCAUCAGGAAAUCCUUUCUGAAGGUCAAAGCAGGGACUGUGCUAAAUCUUGGCAAGCUUUCCACCAGGACGCAAUAUUUGCCAUAAAACAGAGUUUCCCCGCCAAAGAGAGAACACACAAGCGUGAGCCACAAAAGAAGAGACUCCGGGGAAAACCGGUUGACCUGAAGCCCAAGAAAGUCCUCGUGGAAAAGAAGCUUUUGAAGUGUAACGAGUGCGAGAAGGUCUUCCAUCAGAGCUCGUCCCUGACCCUGCACCAGAGGAUCCACACCGGGGAGAAGCCCUACGCCUGCCUGGAGUGCGGGAAGACCUUCAGCCAGAGCGCCAACCUGGCCCAGCACAAGAGGAUCCACACCGGGGAGAGGCCCUACGAGUGCAAGGAGUGCAGGAAGGCCUUCAGCCAGAACGCGCACCUCGCCCAGCACCAGAGGGUCCACACGGGAGAGAAGCCGUACCAGUGCAGCGAGUGCAAGAGGGCCUUCAGCCAGAUCGCACACCUGACGCAGCACCAGAGGAUUCACACCGGGGAGAGGCCGUUCGAGUGCGUCGAGUGCGGGAAGGCCUUCAGCAACGGCUCCUUCCUCGCCCAGCACCAGCGGAUCCACACGGGGGAGAAGCCGUACGCGUGCAGCGUGUGCGGGAAGGCCUUCAGCCACCGCGGCUACCUCAUCGUGCACCGGAGGAUCCACACCGGCGAGAGGCCGUACGAGUGCAAGGAGUGCCGCAAGGCCUUCAGCCAGUACGCCCACCUCGCCCAGCACCGGCGCGUCCACACCGGGGAGAAGCCGUACGAGUGCCGCGUGUGCCGCAAGGCCUUCAGCCAGGUCGCGUACCUGGACCAGCACCAGCGGGUGCACACGGGGGAGAAGCCCUACGAGUGCGUCCAGUGCGGGAAGGCCUUCGGCAACAGCUCGUCGCUGGCCCAGCACCAGCGGAGCCACACGGGCGAGAAGCCGUACGUGUGCACCGAGUGCCGGAAGACCUUCAGCCAGAACGCGGGCCUCGCCCAGCACCAGCGCAUCCACACGGGCGAGAAGCCGUUCGGGUGCGACGUGUGCGGGAAGGCCUUCAGCUACAGCGGCUCGCUGACCCUGCACCAGAGGAUCCACACCGGGGAGCGGCCCUACGAGUGUCAGGACUGCAGGAAGGCCUUCCGGCAGCGCGCCCACUUGGCCCAUCACAGGAGAAUCCACGCGGUGGAGUCUUUCCUGAGUCUCUCCUCCUCCUCCUCCUCUUCCUCCUCCUCGCCCUCCAUGUCCGGUCAUUUGCCAAAAGCUAUAGGUUUUAUCUCCUAAAUACGCCUUGAGUCUCACUCCUUUAAUCCUUUCCACUCCAUCCUCUUCAUCCAGUGCACAGUAGUCUACUUGACAUGGACUAUGGAAACAGCUUUCUCACUGGUUUACUGCGUUUACCACUCACGUUGUCCUCUGUCACACUGCAGACCAACCCAUUAAACAUAGUUUGAUCAGAUCGCUCCUCUCAUUGAAAGCCCUCGGAGGCAUCCUCUGGUUUGUAGGUGGACGCCCUCAUUCCUCAAGAGAGCCUAAGCGGGCUCCCUCCGACACCUUGUUCCAGCCUGCCUUACGGAGCCUCCUUGUGCCAACAUCCACCUUGCUCUCCGAAGACUCAUCCAGAAUGAGGCACUCAUGCCUGCGUCAAAUAGAUCUUGGUUCUAAUCCUUGCUCUUCCAUUUUUUAGCCUUCUAAAUUCGGAGAAACAUUUUGUCAUUUGUAAGCUUCCGUUUU